UUUAAUUUUUUUAUGAAUAUUCAGUGAAUGUUUAAUUUAAUCAUAUAUUACAAAAUGCUGUCCAUUCCCCUGAGAGGCCUUUUCAAGCCAAAAUAUGCUUUUGAAGGAUUCAACAUGAAACUUGGCAUGGUACGCAUGAUGAGCGGAUCGUGUGGUUGUUCUCCUGACAAAGGAACGUCACAAGGUGAUGGCGGGUCUAAAUCAAAAUAUCAAAUUACCUACAAGCCGUAUAAAAUUCCCGAGUAUAAGCCUCAUGAUAAGAAAAAUAUGGACUUAAAUAGGCCAAUGUCCCCUCACGUAUUCAUUUACGCACCUACAGAACCUGCAAUGACUUCAAUCGUUGAAAGGAUUACAGGUAUGAUCUUGACAUUUUACGCCCUUGUACUAUCUUGUGGUACUCUAUUUCUUUCCAACGGCGUCGAAACCUAUGUCUCUAUAAUUCAAAGCCUUGAUAUGUCCAGACCUAUGAUAUUUCUUAUAAAACUAUCACUUGGGGCUCCAUUUGCCUUCCACUAUUUCAAUGGUAUAAGAUUUUGUCUGUGGAAUGCGUGCAAAAUGCUUUCAAUGAAAGAAGUUACAGAUUCAGCAAAGAAGGUGUAUAUUGGUACAGCUGUUCUAUCAGUUCUGUUUGCGCUUUUUUAAUGAAAUCUACAAUUUUUUAUGUUAUUACGAGUGAACUGUUACAUAAUUAAAGUUUCUUAGAUA